AUGGCUUUCACACCUCAAGACAACUUCCUCAUCAACUGCGGUUCAACCACAAACGCCAUGGUCGACGGCAGAGAGUUUUUGGGUGAUUCAAACAAACCCGGGUCGGAUUUUCUAUCUUCAGACAAAUCAAUCACUCUAUCAAACCCGAACCGAAAUUUAUCCGAGCUCUACAGUACUGCGAGGGUUUUCACUAGUCCGUCGACUUAUGGUUUUGGGAUCAGUAAACCCGGAACGCAUUUGGUACGUCUCCAUUUUUCUCCGUUUAAUUCUCAGAAUUUUAAACUGAGCAGUUCAAAUUUCAGUGUUUCAUUACAUGGGUCUUUGAUUUUGAACAAUUUUCGUGCUGAAUUCACUAUUGUAAAGGAGUUUAUCCUCAUGGUAGAUGAAACUCACCUCGAUAUAAUGUUUGAUCCUUUGGGGAAAACCGGGUUUGCGUUUGUUAAUGCAAUCGAAGUGUUCUCUGCUCCAAUCGAUCUUAUCGUUGAUGGUGGAGCAAAGUCGAUUAAUGCCGAUGGAGUUCAAGAAUUCAAAAAUCUGUCAUCGCAGAUUUUAGAAACUGUUCAUAGAAUCAACGUAGGAGGCUCAAAAUUAACACCAUUUAACGAUACCCUUUGGAGGAAUUGGGUUCCUGACGAACAAUUUUUAGCUAUAAAAUCAUCUGCCAAAAUCGUCACCACCACAGAGCUCCCAAAUUAUCAAAAGGGGGGCGCCUCAAAAGAAGUCGCUCCAGCCAAUGUUUAUAUGACUGCUCAAGAAAUGAACAGGGGAAACCUACCCAUGAAUUCCAUCUUCAAUCUCACAUGGGGUUUCCCAAUCGAUUCGAGAAUUGGUGUUCGCCAUUUCGUUCGAUUACAUUUCUGUGAUAUCGUUAGUCUUUCAGUCAAUCAGCUCUAUUUCAAUGUAUUCAUCAACGGCUUCCUUGCUUAUAAGGAUCUUGACCUUUCAUUACUUUCGUUUCAUGUGUUAGCAUCUCCAUUUUAUGCUGAUUUCGUUAUCGAGUCCGAUCAUUCCGGGGUUCUUGAAAUCAGCGUUGGCCCGUCUGAUUUGAGUACAAGUUUGAGAAAAAACGCAAUCUUAAACGGGGUUGAAGUUAUGAAGAUUGUGAAUCCCGUAAGUCGGGAGUUCAGAUCGAAAAAAAAGCACAUUUGGAUUUUGAUACGCUUAAUCGUGGGAAUCUUAAUUCUUUUGUCUUCUGCAAUUCUCGCAAUCUUCAUUCUUUUGAAAUUAAGGAAAAAAAUUAAAAAGAAAACAAGACGAUCCGAAAGUAACGGUUGGACUCCAUUACGUGUUCAAGGAGGUAGCACACAUAGUAAAUUCUCAGAAGGAACACACAAUAUUACCACCAAAUUAAAGAUCCCAUUUGUCGAUCUACAAUCAAGCACCAACAAUUUCGACAAAGAUCUAAUAAUCGGUUCGGGUGGAUUCGGUAUCGUUUACAAAGCAAUUCUUCGCGACAACUUUAAAGUCGCGGUCAAACGAGGUGUCCCCGGUUCCCGACAAGGUCUCCCGGAGUUUCACACGGAAAUUACGAUUUUGUCCAAGAUCCGACACCGCCACCUCGUGUCCCUAGUCGGGUUUUGUGAAGAACAAUCAGAGAUGAUUCUUGUCUACGAGUAUAUGGAAAACGGCCCGUUAAAGAAUCACUUAUACGGGUCGAAUUUACCUCCAUUAUCAUGGAAAAAAAGGCUUGAAAUAUGCAUCGGGGCGGCCCGUGGGCUUCAUUAUCUUCACACGGGUUCGGCCCAAGGGAUCAUUCAUCGUGACGUGAAGUCGACGAAUAUAUUGUUAGACGAUAAUUUCCUCGCGAAAGUAGCGGAUUUCGGGCUUUCCCGAUCCGGCCCGUGUUUGAGUGAGACUCAUGUGAGCACGGGUGUGAAGGGUAGUUUCGGGUAUUUGGAUCCGGAGUAUUUUCGGAGACAACAACUUACGGAUAAAUCGGAUGUUUAUUCUUUUGGGGUUGUGCUUUUUGAAGUGCUUUGUGCCCGGCCCGCGGUUGACCCAUUGGUGGGCCGGGACGAGGUGAAUUUGGGGGAGUGGGCGGUUCAAUGGCAGAAAAAGGGUUUGCUUAAACGGAUUGUGGACAGUCGGAUCGUUGAUGAGAUAAAACCGGAGUCAUUGAAAAAGUAUGGGGACACUGCAGAAAAAUGUUUGGCGGAUUAUGGUGUUGAUAGACCGACGAUGGGUGAUGUAUUGUGGAACUUGGAGUAUGCACUUCAGCUUCAACAAACCGAAACCAUGGACCCAUCAGGUGUGGGUCAGACCGGUGCACCGGAAAUUGUAGCCGGUGUGGGUGUGGGUGUGGGCUCGAGCAAUGGUGAUGGUUCGCUUUCAGGCAUAAGAACGAGCCAAGUGUUUUCCCAGUUGGUGACCAAUGAUGGUAGGUGA